AAAAUACACCUUUUGACAAUUCAUUGGAAUGUAUGUCUAAUUUACACUUUUAAAUACCUUUUUUGCUUGAGUGUCUGGUGGCAGCCACUGGAGCGGUGGGCGUGCUGAAGGAGACGUGAAGCCGCCACCACUCCGCCGAACCUCCUCUCCUCCCUGCAUCCUCACACAAGAACCCUGCAUCCUCCAUCAUGACGAUCGCUGCAAGGCACUGAGAGCAGACAGAAGAUGCUGACGUCCGACUCACUCUACCACUUCCUCCUGGCUGGAGCAUGUCUGUCUGUGUGUGGAGGUCCAGUCCUACAGCACCCAUCGGCAUCCAGGUCAAGAGAUGGCAGUCAUGUGGACGUGAGCUCACGUGGACUAACAUGGAGACCUUCAGGGGUCUCCAUCCAUAGCGACAACAAUUUCCAUGGGGAAUCCGGGCCGAGCACAUUUGAGACAAGAAAGAGGAUGCAGGAAGCUGCACGUCGAAGAAGCAUAAAGAAGAGCCACCGUGAAGCUUUGCUGAUUUCUCCCAGAACAAGGACCCCAAGAGACAUGGAGGACAUCAGCACACAUGACGAAGAUGCAGAGACAAACUGGACAUCUUCCACUGAGCAUUCAAAUUCAUCAUUUGGGAUCAACGGUCCUGCCUCCUCCAGGGCCAUUUCUUCACCUGCCUCCCCUCAGACCUUCAUGGCCUUACCAUUGUUGGCUAAUGAAGGUCCACUAAUGCCCACACCACCAGAACCACUCUUACCUGACAUUGAACCCAACAUGAUGCCCAAAGACGACAGCACGGAGAGCCUUUGGACUGAGGCGGCCAGAUCUGGUGGAGACACUGUUGCGCCGCCAUCUCAGGAGGACGCCACAGAGGGCACCAUGUCGUCUGAGGCCCUCCCUCUAAUUUUUGAGCCUCUGGAGGAAUCUGCGACGGACGGCGCCCAACAAGCCCCGCCCGACAACUCCCUGUUUCCCACUGCCACCAUGGUGACCCGAGGCAUGCCCCUGUCGGAAGCAGACCGGGAGCUGAUGGUCACCACGCAGACAGUCAAGGGAACCAUCCAGUCAGGCACCGUACAGACGUCAGACCUCGCAGACAAUGAGCAGAUUACCAUGGCGACGCAUCUGACUGUGCACAAAUCCCGAUCAGGGUUAGACGACAGGGAGUCUGAGGAGGACCCAGAUGAGGAGAAUUCAGAGGAAUCCGUGGAGGAAGAGGAAAGCGAAGAAGACCUGAUGGAGACGACCAAAACAUCCCUGACGCAGCCUCCAUACAGCCUCAUCCCUCUACCGCCCGUUUGGGUCCAACGCAACCAAGGCCUGAGUAUGACUGCGCAGCUGGGUGGCGCUAAUCAGAGAAAAGGCAGGUUACGUGUCGGGUAUGUUGGCUCCGGUGGGCAUCGGCAUCGCGGGGGCCCUGCUCAUCGUGGGCGCUCUCUACAGCGUCAGGAGGCUUCAGCGCAAAAGGAGGAACAGCUUCAAACACCAGCGGAGGAAGGGCAGACAAGCAGAGCAACCUCUGGAGGUCGGCACAAGCCGCCAGGAUCAGGCCAUGCUGUUGGCAGACAGCUCCGAGGACGAAUUCUGAUCAAAGAUGACACAGGUGUUGGAAGUCAACAUCGUCAUGACAACCGCAUACGUCACUCUUGAGUUGUUCCCCUGUGACUCUACACAAACAGUGUUCAGAGUGUCAGUGAAGGAGAGUGUACCCCCUCGCUUUGGACUUUUACACUUUGACCUGGGGGAAAAAAAUAAUUUAGCAGGGUGUAACCAGCGCAUAGAUUCGACGCAAGAAAGGGCUGAUUAAGUAAAAAUAAAUAUAAAAUAGAUGUAUAUAUUUACUGUAAAUGUGUCAUAUUAGUGUAAAGUUUACUUUAUGUUUCACGUGAAUUGUAUUUCAUAAGCAAAAUAGGUUGUUUGCUACUUAUGAGGCUAAAGCUAGUUAGCUGAGCGAAACCUUCUUGGUUAGACCUGCUCAGUGGCCUUGUGGUUAGAGUGUCCGCCCCGAGGCUGGAAGGUCGUGAGUUCAAACCCCGGCCGAGUCAUACCAAAGACAAUAAAAAUGGGACCUUUUACCUCCCUGCUUGGCACUCAGCAUCAAGGGUUGGAAUUGGGGGUUAAAUCACCAAAAUGAUUCCCGAGCGCGGCCACCGCUGCUGCUCACUGCUCCCCUCACCUCCCAGGGGGUGGAACAAGGGGAUGGGUCAAAUGCAGAGGAUAAUUUCACCACACCUAGUGUGUGUGACUAAAAAUCACACACCACAGCCGCCAACUUCAUUUAGGACAUAAGCUUAUCAAUUAGCUCAUGUUUUGAUUGUUAAUUAAGUUUGUACUUACCUUAUAAAAAGAACCAGGCCAGUGGGUGCCAAAUGUAGAAGUUCAGUCAGUGUGACAUUUCUCAGAUUUAACUCACUUUUCUCAGAUUUAGCACAUUUUCAUCACAUUUAAGUUUAAAUUAAACGUUGACUCUGAAUAUAUCUAAAUGUCAAAUGAAAACCUCACUAUGAUCAUGUUUUACCAUUUAGCUCACAAUUAAGACAUUAUUUAGAGCCGAAGGUCUGCUAGCUGCUGCAUCAAACUUGCAGUAUAUGACAGUGAUCGUGUCGUCUACAGCAAUGUCAUGUUCAUAUGUAACACAAUCAUGAAGUACGAGCGCAGUGAAAUGACGAAAGAUACAUACAAACAGAAAUAGGUGGAUUAUUGCACACCGCAUGCCUCGGUGCAAGAAUCAAUUCCAUUCCUUGUCAAACGUGGAAGUGCAGCGUCGACAUGUUUGAGUGUCUAAUUGUCUUUAUGCAACACACCCUGCACACUCACACAUUUGGAGCUAACAUUUAAAAAAAAAAAAAGCUACUUUUUUGUCAUUAAGCAUCAGUCAUGUUUCCUUCUUCUGCAGUAAGAAAGUUGGCAUCCUAUAAAUAUUCAUCUUUACACUUGGUGAGAGAUUUAGCGCUCGCAUUUAGAUGUAGAACUAAGAUUUAGGUUUAGAUUUAACAUAUGUAUAUUUAACAUAUCAAUUUAUAUUUAGGAUUUAGGUUUAGAUUUAACAUAUGUAUAUUUAGCAUAUCAAUUUAUAUUUAAGAUGUAGGUUUUGGUUUAACAUUUAGAUAUAACAUUUAGAGUCAACAUUUAAUUUAAACUUAAAUGUGAUGAAAAUGAGCUAAAUCUGAGAAAUACACUAUAUUGCCAAAAGUAUUUGGCCACCCAUCCAAAUGAUCCGAAUCAGGUGUCCUAAUCACUUGGCCCGGCCACAGGCGUAUAAAAUCAAGCACUUAGGCGUGGAGACUGUUUCUACAAACAUUUGUGAAAGAAUGGGCCGCUCUCAGGAGCUCAGUGAUUUCCAGCGUGGAACUGUCAUAGGAUGCCACCUGUGCAACAAAUCCAGUCGUGAAAUGUCCUCGCUCCUAAAUAUUCCAAAGUCAACUGUCGGCUUUGUUAUAAGAAAAUGGAAGAGUUUGGGAACAACAGCAACUCAGCUACCAAGUGGUAGGCCAUGUAAACUGAGGGGUCAACGGAUGCUGAAGCGCAUAGUGCAAAGAGGUCGCCGACUUUCUGCAGUCAGUGGCUACAGAGCUCCAAACUUCAUGUGACCUUCCAAUUAGCCCACGUACAGUACGCAGGGAGCAUCAUGGAAUGGGUUUCCAUGGCCGAGCAGAUGCAUCUAAGUCAUACAUCACCAAGUCCAAUGCAAAACGUGGGAUGCAGUGGUGUAAAGCACGUCGCCACUGGACUGUAGAGCAGUGGAGACGCCUUCUCUGGACUGAUGAAUCACGCUUUUUCAUCUAGCAAUCUGAUGGACUAGUCUGGGUUUGGAUGUUGCCAGGAGAACGCUAAAAAUUCAGACUGCAUUGUGCCGAGUGUAAAGUUUGGUGGAAGAGGAAUAAUGGUGUGGGGUUGUUUUUCAGGAGUUAGGCUUGGCCCCUUAGUUCCAGUGAAAGGAACUUUGAAUGCUCCAGGAUUCCAAAACAUUGUGGACAAUUCCAUGCUCCCAAUCUGACUGUGCACCAGUGCAUAAAGCAAGGUCCAUAAAGACAUGGAUGACAGAGUCUGGUGUGGAUGACACUUGAUUGGCCUGCGCAGAGUCCUUACCUGAACCGGAUAGAACACCUUUGGGAUGAAUAAGAACAGAGACUGAGAGCCAGGCCUUCUCGACCAACAUCAGUGUGUGACCUCACCAAUGCGCUUUUAGAAGAAUGGUGGAAAAUUCCCAUAAACACACUCUGCAACCUUGUGGACAGCCUUCCCAGAAGAGUUGAAGCUGUAAUAGCUGCAAAAGGCAUUGAACCCUAUGGGUUAGGAAUGGGAUGGCACUUCAAGUUCAUAUGUGAGUCAAGGCAGGUGGCCAAAUACUAUAUAUAUAGUGUAUGUCUGUGUGACUGAUCUUUUACAUUCAGCAUGCCAUAGCCAACGUGCCAAAGGCGAUAGCUCCUUCAAAGCAAAGUGUUGCGAUCUCAUCAAAUAAACUUGAAUUUUGUCGUUUUUGUCAGUGUAAAAAGCAUCUGGGUGACUACUUGUCACUUUUGUGCUAUUGAUAAGAAAUCAGUGAUGUUGGCUGCAAAAACACAACUUUGGUCGUUUUGUGUACGGCAUUUGUCUGAAAGGAACAAAUGAAAGUAUUACGUGAAAAGGAUGUCCGCCUACGUUUGGAGACUUUUGUUACACCUGCAAGAACAUUCUAUGUAUAGUCACAAGUUCAUGAAGUCCAUCUGUGUGAUUCAGUACAUAAAGUCUGCCUUUGCAAAGAUGAUUAACCAUACACACGGUAUUGUAAAUUAUUAUCUGAGCAUUGUUUUUUUGCAGGUUAAACUUUUCGUAUUGGAUUACAACAGAUUGUGCGUAAGUCAUUUUGGCUGUUGUCUCAAAACUACUAAUACAUUUUUUGUAUUGUCGCUGUUCAACUGCAGGUGUUCAUGCAAUAACACUGUUUGAGGGUUAAUGUGAUGUAAAAUAGUGAUUAUGUCUUAUGUGUAGAUAUUAAACAAAGGAAACAUAAUUCUCAAAAUAAAGACCUUAAAACUUCCACUACGCCCGGGAAUCGACUCAUGCUUCAAACAACAGAGACAACUCCAGUUUACAGCAUUAAAAAAAUCAAAUAAUUUAUUUCUGUGU